CUGACAGGUUUGAUUUUGAAAACAGUUUGGCAGCCUGCGUUCAGUUUGAUGACAGGUGGGAAGGUUGUUUAGUGAGAUGGCGGGUUUGCUGUGGCUAGCAGCGCACAAAUUUAUGUCAGAGUGAUAGCCCUUUUGAAUGCGUUGACCUACGCCAUCAUGGACAGUGAUGGCCUCCCGCUGGUGGGAGGUGGUAUUGACUUCACAGCCGUCGAGCCAAUCCACCACCGGAGAAUCUUGGCCUACGUCAACCAUUUCGUCAUGCAGACGGCCAACAUGCUCAACCACUGGUCCAACACGUGCGAGGAGAAGCUGGUUGAUGUGGAUCGACGCAUACGUCGCCUCGAGACCACUAUGGCGCUGCUGGAGACGAAGCUGGCCUCUAUACCUUCAUAACAUCGGACGCCAAUGACCAUGGAAUCCUUGCUUCAGGUUGGCAAUGCUCCUAUUUUCACCUGCAUGACUCUCUGAUUCUUCUGUUCAAAGUACAUCUGGAGUGGAGUUGAGAAGUAAAGUUCAAAGUACAUCUAUAACACAAGUUUAACAUCAUUAUGGAAUUGUCCCCCUUUUUAUGUAAAAACCUUUUGAAUAUUUUCACAUGGGUUCUUGAACAUUUGAAACCUUUUGGGUUUUCCCUUCAAUUAUUUAUGGACAGUGUGCCUUGCACCAUGGGCAGUGGCCUGUCACUUUGGUCGUGCAGUGACCUGCCACUUUUGAAUGGUAACCUGGGACUUUGAGCAGCGUUGGCGCGUCACAGGCAUUUGUGCAGGUGCACUGCUUGCAAGUAGUGUGUGGACGUAUUCUGUUUGAACUGA